AUGCCUGCCCGGCUCAUCGAUAGAUACGAUCAUGUCCCAGUGACUCAAGAAAAGCUCGACUGGGCCGAACUGAUAACCCUUGACCUCAGCCAGUAUGACCAGCCAGGUGGAAAGGAAGCUCUAGUUGAACAAUUAGACCAUGCAGUGCGGCAUGUUGGCUUCUUCUACGUGAAGAACUUCAACAUCAGCCAAGACGAGAUCGACCGUCAGUUUGCCCUCGGUCGCGAGUUUUACGCGCUUCCUCUUGAAGAGAAACUCAAGUACCACAGCAGCACCGACCUCGAACGUGGAGAAUACAACGGAUACAGGCCCGCUGGCCACCGGAGCCUUGGGAACGGCAUCAAGGACAACGUGCAAGUAUACAAUAUUCCAAAGUUCGAUGGCUAUCACCAGCGACAACAGCCCCCUAUUCUCGCCGACAAUAUUGCGGAGAUCGAAGCAUUCAGUCGAAAAUGCCAUACAGAAGUAGUGGAGAAGCUCCUCCGUCUAUUUGCCAUCCUUCUCGAACUUCCUGAAGAAGAUCAACUCGUCCGCGACCAUCAAUACAAUGUGAAAGGCGAGGACCAUCUUCGGUACAUGCACUAUGCAGCACGCAGUGCAGAGGAGAACAAGAAAGUCGGUGGCAUGUAUAUCCCCGGCCAUACGGAUCUGGGGACCGUCACUCUACUAUUCCGCCAACCGGUUGCUGCGCUGCAGAUUCUCAAUUCCGAAGGCGAAUGGAAAUGGGUGCGCCCUCAGGAUGGGACCAUUACGAUCAACACCUGCGACGCGUUGACUGCGCUGACGGGCGGUUUGAUCAAGUCGAGCAUCCAUCGUGUCCAUGUGCCGCCUGCCGAUCAGGCCCAUGUGGAUCGGCUUGGCGUGUUAUACUUUGCGCGGCCAAAUAAUCAUGUUGUCCUUGAUCCAAUUCAGAACAGUCCUUUGUUAAACCGGCUUGGGCUCACACAGAAUGCUUUCACCGAGAUAGGUCAGCAUCUCACCACCGAGCAAUGGGUAAAGGUGCGACAAACCCAGCAGCAGAGACGCACACGGGAUGCGAAGAUUUCCGAUGAUGGGAAAUUUACCUAUAGGCCGAAGGACCUCGAGAUCCUGCCCGGUCUGCAUGCUCAGGUAUACAACUAGAAAGAAAUUGUAGUGAAAUAUGAGAUGAAUGUUGUGAUUCUCUUCAAUAAUGCCCUUUCUUUUUUAGGCCUUAGUGUCCCUGGUGUAUGGCAAUUCAUUGUAUAGCUAUAUAUAUCCAAUUUAAUUGUAACAUACAGUGAGGCGCAGCGGCGAGGGCAUACCUUCAGCUACGAUCGAUAUCGAUCCAAGCAAUAGACAAGAAGACCAGGCAUAAAAUUCCACCAUUGAUCUCUAACCUCUUGUUCCACCAGAUCUGGAUCGGCCAACUUCCGGGAGAAGUACGUGGAUAAAGUUUCUCCGUGGGUAAAAGUCAAUAAUUCCUCCGUUUCUUGGCUUCAGAGACGUGGUUUCAGAAAACGGCGUUAAUCUAACGGAGUAUAUAACCGAGAAAGUGUUAUGUACAUACCUCAGACAGGACGGAAAAUAUAUAUAAUUGACAUAGCUAAAAUAUACUAC